UCUUUUAUCUCGUAUUGUAACAUCAAGCUUACUGUCAAGUGCUCGCAUAUAAAUAUGUACAAGCAAAGUUUACUUAUACAUAUGUGAAUUAUUUGUAAUAAAUAUAAUUUUACAGAUAUUUUUGAACAGAUCUUGGCUUGCACAAAAACAUGUUGUGGAGAAGUUGGUUCCUUAUUUCCGGUAUAUGCGCAGUGCUACUUUCGUACCGGAUGUAUGUUGUCCUUCAUCGUGAAAUUCCAUCGGAAAUUGAAAAUCCCCACAUUGUGCGAUGGCUUGAUGAAGCUGGUAGAGUAGGAAACACUCUGACUUGGAUAUGUCACCAACUUGGUGUUGAACACGCUACAUGGCCAGCAAAGAUGGUUGUGAAUUUUGGGGCACGCCUGCUUUUUAAUGGUUUUGGUAAACCGGUUACAAAUAUAACGGUUCGUUACACAAGCAUUGACUCAGUGCCGGUAACAAUAUUUUUACCCGAUACACUAACGACUAAAACCAAAUAUCCGACCAUGGUCUACUUCCAUGGCGGGGGAUGGACCUGGUUCUCUGUAGAUGUUUAUGCGGGUUACCUUGCACAUCUCGCCAAGAAAACCAACGUCCAAAUAGUAGCUGUCGAUUACAGAAAAGCUCCUCAGUUUCCAUUUCCGGCCGCCUACGAUGACUGCCUAACUGUAACCAAUGGUCUUCUGAAACGUACAGCCGAUUUCAAAAUAAAGGCGGGAAAACUUGUCGUCGCGGGAGAUGGUUCCGGCGGAAAUUUGGCAGCCGCCGUGGCUCAUGCUACUAAAGGGAAAAUACUCAUGCAAAUUCUUAUCAACCCGGCCUUGCAAAUCUUUGACUUCGAGACGCCGUCUUAUCAAGACAACGUGAACACACUUCCGGGGUUGUCGUCUGCUUUUAGGAAUUCCUAUCACUGGUUGUCUUAUGCUGGAAUUUCCAAAGAUUUUUUACAAAUGGCGGUUCAGAAUAACCAUAUUUCACAAAACAAUUUGAAUUCUGCCUUUAGUUCUUAUCUUGAUAGCAAAAAAUACUUGCCUAGCUACCAUGGUGUAACAAAAAGACAAACCAAACGAAAUAGAAAAUCUGCUAAUAUAAUAGUAACGUCUGCUUUUAACGGUAUAAUUGCUGAUCCUCGGAUAGCACCAAUGAUGGCCGUUCAUAUCAAAGAUGUUCCGAAUGUGUAUAUGAUUACGUCACAAUAUGACGUAUAUAGGGACGAGGCCAUCAUGUAUACACACAGGCUGUUUGACGCCGGUGUGAAGGUUAAACUUGAACACUACCAUGAGGCUUUUCACGGAUUUUUCAUGUUUUGUGGAUAUGGGCCAAUCGAAUUUGAAGUGAGCAAACAGGCGUUAAAUACACUUGCUGAUUUCUUGAACAAUAUGGCACAGUAAAUAGUAACGUAAUUAAUUACAUCACGAAAUAUGACGUCAAUGACCAUACAAGACGAAAUUCAUUUUUAACAAAAAUAAUUUAGACUAUAAAGGUCCAAGAAUCAAAUAAUAACAUUAAAACUUGUUUGUUUUUCCUUCUUUGUCUGUUUAGAAAGGUAGUUGGUAAUUUGAGCCACUCGAAUCUUCUUACUGGAACUGAGCAUUAAUAGUGCUAUAUAAAGAUACGUGGUCGUGGCACCAGUGGGGCUCGAACCAACAAUCCUGGGUUGUGAGGAAGGCACUUACUUACAAAACUGCCGACCCAUCUGUUCUAGAAUCUCACCAUUUUGAACAUAAACUUCUUAAUUUCUAAGAGCAUGAAUAGUGAUUUAGGCCUGCUCGGGUUCCGUACUCAUUGUGUGUUAACGGAACAUUAGGUUUUUAACACUUAACCUUCUUUGUUCAGAAUGUAAAAUGGAUAAAAAUCGUUUAAGAUAAUGAGUGUAAGUAGGGUUAAAAGUAAUGAACACGAUAUAAACGGAUAAAGUUCAUUAAAAAAAUCUAUUACAUGUACAUACGUUUUAAAAACUAUUCAUAACUAUCAAUUUUUAAAUCAUAAAGUAUCUAAUGAGAUGAAAAUUCGUUUUUCUGAGCUAAUCUU